CGUGAAGAUGUAACAUACACUCCAACAAGAAGAGGUGUAGACAUAAAGCACGUGAUCAAGGGCAGUUUCACGGUGCCUUCCCAGUAUCACUUCACGAUGGAGACGCAAUGCUGUACCGUCACCUAUUCCUCCACUGCGCUGGUGGUCAGAGCCGCUACGCAGUGGAUGGACAUCGUCAAUGUGGCUGUAGCGCGGGCCUUAAAUAUAAAUGAAAAUGAGGUAAUAGUGGUAGUGCCGCGGCUCGGCGGCGCGUACGGUGCAAAGGCGUCGCGCUCGUCAAUGGCGGCGUGUGCGUGCGCACUAGUUGCUCACAAGCUGAACCGUAGCGCGAUGCUUGUCAUGCCACUUACGACCAACAUGACGGCGCUCGGCAAAAGACAGCAGUGCGAGUGCUAUUAUGAGGCCGGCGUCAACGACGACGGUGUGAUCCAGUACCUAGACGUACAAUACUAUUCAGACUGCGGAUACAACUACAACGAUACAUCAACUAGCGAGCUAGGGAACUCUAUGACUAAUCUAUACGACAGUUCUACUUGGAACGUCAAGGGUUACAGUGUUCUCACUGAUAUGGCUGGAGCCACUUGGUGUAGGGGACCAGGCACAACAGAAGGCGUUGCGAUAGCAGAACAAAUCAUGGAGCACAUAGCAAACGCGACUGGCAAAGACUCGGCUGACGUCAGAACAGCCAAUAUUGCGACACCAGUUAGCGUAGUUAAGGACAUGAUCUCCACAUUCAAAGAAGAGAUUGAUUAUGUCAACAGGAAAACUGCUAUAGAUAAAUUUAAUAGUGAGAAUGCUUGGAAGAAGAAGGCAUUGAGUCUAUCGGCUAUGGCAUGGCCUUUAAAAUACUCCUGGAACUUCCCUGUAACAGUAUCUGUGUACCACGCAGACGGUACGGUAGCUAUAUCUCAAGGUGGUAUCGAAGUAGGACAAGGAAUCAACACCAAAGUUGCCCAAGUCUGUGCUUAUACUCUCAACAUACCACUUAAUAAAGUCGUGGUGCAUGGCAGUGACAGCUUUGUUUCUCCAAACACGAUGGUUACUAAUGGCAGUAUGACGAGUGACCUCGUAGCCUACGCUACUGUCAAGGCUGUAAAAGAACUGCUGAGGAGAUUCGAAGAUGUUAAAAAGGAUCUGACCGAGCCCACUUGGGAGGAGGUCGUUAAGGCUGCUUUUAAUAAAGGAAUAAACUUACAAGCAUCACACAUGACGUCUCCUCUCGAUGGACUAGUAGACUACGACGUAUGAGUAUGCGUAUCAGAAGUGGAACUAGACGUUCUCACUGGAAACCACAUCCUCACCAGAGUUGAUCUGCUAGAAGACACGGGGAUCAGCUUAAAUCCAGAGAUUGAUGUUGGACAGAUCGAAGGCGCCUUCAUAAUGGGCGUCGGUUUGUGGACAUCUGAGAAUCUGAUCUACGAUUCUACGGGCAAUCUGCUGACCAACAGAACUUGGACAUACAAGCCUCCUUGUGCCAAAGAUAUUCCUGUGGACUUCAGGGUGUAUUUUAGAAGAAAUGCACCAAAUCCUGCUGGUGUUUUGAGGUCAAAAGCGACUGGUGAGCCCGCGUUGACGCUAGCGGUGGGGGUGUCACACGCGCUGCGGAAAGCGAUCCUCGAGGCGCGCAAGGAGUUCGGAUACAACGACACCGAGUGGCUGCAUAUUGAUACGCCGUUGACCGUAGACAACAUCAUGAAAGCGCUAUCUAUUAAAUAUGAUAAAUUUAAACUAUCUUAGACAGGUAAUAGUUAUAACUACAAAGGGAACUGAAGA